AUGUGGCUCAUAGUUUGCCUCCUUACAUGGGGCUCACUCUCCGGCCCGGCUGUGGGCUGUGACGACGAGAUUCUCAUCUCCGACUCGGAAACUUGGAACCAAUGUCUUGCCAUUCUCACAUCCGACAUGUUCAGCCCAGUCCAGACUGGCCUUCAGAGCCAGCGAAUCGAAUGUAAAAGUUUGCGACCCAAGAUAGUCGCCAAGUCCGCCACUUCUACUCCCCAGACUCCUUGUGUCUUCUCUCAUCCCUCAUUUCGCAAUGGUCGUGGCCUUGUUCUCGUCACUACCCCGGAAGUGGCGUCUAACCUAUUGAGCCAGGGCGCAUUAGAUGAGAGGGACCAAUACGACCCCUAUGGCUCAUCAUCUCCGGGGGAUUUCGUGCCAGGUCCUGUAUUGGAACCCGAAUCCGGUAUCCCGGCGUACGAAGUACGAAGCUUGCCAGGAAGUGGCAAGGGCGUUAUUGCUCUUCGUCAUAUCAAACAAGACGAAAUCUUCCUACUAGAUCAUCCCACUAUCCUCAUUGCAUGGAAUUUGAUCGGGCUGUUUUGGGAUAAGACUCAGGAAUCAUUUCUCGAAAGUGCACUGAUCCGUCUACCCAAGGACGCCAAAAGAAGAGUACUCGGACUGUCAAGGACUAACCGAGUUCCGGGUCUGCCACUCUGCGAUCUAUUCAAAACCAACGUUUGUGGCUUCGUGCUGGGGGAUGGAACUCCUCACAUUGGUUUAUUUACUGAGUUCGCGAGAAUCAACCAUGCUUGUGUUCCAAAUGCUUUCUACAGGGUUUCUCCACGUCAUUUAAGGAUGGAGGUCGUCGCUUUCCGCGAUAUUGAGCCAGGGGAAGAAAUUUAUAUUAACUAUGCUCAUAGCGCCAUGCCAUCCACAGAGCGUCACCAAUACCUAGAGUCCGAUUAUGGAUUUAACUGCAGGUGCUCCCUCUGCACCUCGCCGGAGUUGGAGCGAGCGACAUCCGACCGGCACCGAAGGGAAUUGGAGGCGCUGCGUGUUGAUAUUGAUAUGGCAUUGAGGCAACGGCGGUGGACUGAUGCCGCAAAACACGCCUCGGAAGCUGUUCUGAAGCUUUCUGAAGCUGAGAUCCUGGCGCCAGGUAUCCUUGAUUACUCGCUGACGCCUCUCUACCUUGAGCACUACGAGGAGCUGGCAAGGAUCUAUCAUAAGGUGGGAGAUGUCUCCACGGCGAAGAGUUACGGAGACAAGGCCCUUCAGGCCAUGUUACACCUCCGUGGUACUGAUAGCUACGAUGCUCACGAGCUGAGUAGAUUUUUGAAGAUGAUUCGACAGGGCAUGCAGUGA